GGCGCGCGGCUCCCGCGCUCGGGGCUCGGCCGGGGAGGCCCCGACUUGGCGUCCGGGCCGGGCGGGCCGGGCCGGGCCGGGGGGCCGCCGCCAGCAUGUCGCCAGCGGCGCCCGACGCGCCCGCCGAGAUGUUCCGCGACGUCAAGUUCUACGUGGUGGGCGACGUGGACCCGCAGGUCCUGCAGCUCCUGAAAGCGGGGAAGGCCAAGGAGGUGUCCUACAACGCUCUGGCCUCGCACAUCAUCUCUGAAGACGGGGACAACCCCGAGGUUGGCGAGGCACGGGAGGUCUUUGACUUGCCUGUGGUGAAGCCUUCUUGGGUAACGCUGUCUGUCCAGUGUGGAGCGCUUCUGCCAGCGAGCGGCUUCUCUCCUGAGUCGGGCCAGGUGUUCUCUGGAGUUGCUGCCUGCCUCUCUCAGGUGUCGGCUGAGGACAGAAGUGCCCUGUGGGCUUUGCUCACCUUCUACGGGGGGGCCUGUCAACUGGCGCUCACCAAGAGAUGCACGCACCUGGUGGUCCCGGAACCCAAGGGGGAGAAGUACGAGUGCGCCCUGAGGAGGGCGAGUGUGAAGGUCGUCACCCCCGACUGGGUCCUGGACUGCGUGUCUGAGAAAUCCAGGAAGGACGAAGCUUCCUACCACCCCCGUCUCAUCGUUUACGAGGAGGAGGAGGAGGAGGAGGAAGACGACGAAGAAGAAGAGGAGGAGGAGGAGGCAGAGAACGACGGUAGCACGGAUGAGAAGUCGAGCGCAGUCAGCUCUCGGGAAGGGUCCCCAGCCAGUGGCAGGCACUUCUCCCCACCAGGGCCCCCCAAGAAGGGGCAGGAGAAGGAGGAGCUGAUGUUCGAUGACUCCUCAGACUCAUCCCCUGAGAAGCAGGAGCGGAACCUGAACUGGACACCGGCCGAAAUCCCACAGGUGGCCACCGCCAAGCGCCGGCUGGUCCCGGGGAAGGAGCCAGGGCUCAUCAACCUGUGUGCCAAUGUGCCGCCUGUGCCCGGGGGUGCCCUGCCCCCGGAUGGCCGACCCGGCCUGCUGGCUCCAGGACAGGCGCUGCAAGGUGCCGAGCGCCCCGACCUAAUAUCCUCGUGGAGCCCCACAGCACGCACCCUGCGCAACAUCACCAACAGCACCGAAGUACAGCCCGGCGGCCGGCCGCCCAAUGUGGCGCAGAUCUUGCAGUCCCUUUCGGCACCGACCAAGAGUGUGGAGCAGCAGCUGGGCCACGGCCAGCCCGGCCAUGGGGGUGCCAAUGCCCUGCUCUUCGGCCCAGCCAAGGGAGCCCCCGAGCCCCACCUGCCUCCGCCGCCACCGCCUGUGUUGCACCUGCCCCCCCAGCAGCUCUUGCAGCCACCCUUCGCCCCGCCACAGGCCCACACCUUCUCUGCACAGCUGCCGCAGGCCCACACCUUCCCUCCGCAGCCGCUGCAUCGGCCCCUGCAGCAGCACCAACUGCAACACCAGCUGCAGCUGCAGCAGCUACAGCAGCAGCAGCAGCAUCAGCAUCUCCGCCUGCACACACCACAGACGCACCUGCAGGCGCACCCUCAGACACAUCCACCGCUACCUGCUGUGCCUGGCCCACAGCCCCUGAGCCAGCCCUCGCCGGCCCUGCCGCCCCAGCCACUGGUCCCGCACCAGGCCCAGCCACACCAGCUCUUUGGCCACGACCCAGCCGUGGAGAUUCCAGAGGGUGGUUUCCUGCUGGGCUGCGUGUUCGCCAUUGCAGAUUAUCACGAGCAGAUGUCAGAUAAGCAGCUCCUGGCCACCUGGAAAAAGAUAAUCCAGGCGCACGGUGGCAUGGUGGACCCUGCCUUCUCCAGUCGCUGCACUCACCUGUUGUGUGAGAGCCAAGUCAGCAGCACCUAUGCCCAGGCCAUCCGGGAGCGCAAGCGCUGUGUCACAGCUCACUGGCUCAACAGCGUGCUCAAGAGGAGGAGGAUGGUGCCGCCCCACCGAACCCUGCACUUCCCUGUGGCCUUCCCGCCCGGGGGCAAGCCCUGUGCCCAGCAUAUCAUCUCAGUGACGGGCUUUGUGGACAGUGACAGAGACGAGCUGAAGCUCAUGGCUUACCUGGCAGGUGCCAAGUACACGGGCUACCUGUGCCGCAGCAACACUGUUCUCAUCUGCAAGGAACCAGUUGGCCUGAAGUACGAAAAGGCGCGGGAGUGGCGCAUCCCGUGCGUGAACGUGCAGUGGCUCAGUGACAUCCUGCUGGGGAACCUUGAGGCGCUACGGCAGGCCCAGUGCAGCCGCUACUCGGUUUUCAACCUGCCUGACCCCUUCGCACCUGCGCCACCACUGGUCUUCAGCCUGUUGGAUGCUUGGCGGGUUCCGGUCAAGGUGUCGGCGGAGUUGCUGAUGGGCCUGAGACCCUUCCCGAAGCUGAAACAGAACGAAGUGACAGCUGUCCAGCCCUCGUCCAAGAGAGCCAGGAUUGAGGACAUCCCGCCUCCCACUAAGAAGCUCACCCCAGAACUCACACCCUUCGUGCUGUUCACCGGCUUUGAGCCUGUCCAAGUACAGCAGUAUGUCAAGAAGCUCUACAUCCUGGGGGGCGAGGUGGCUGAGUCUGUGCAGAAGUGCACCCACCUCAUUGCCAGCAAAGUGACGCGCACUGUCAAGUUCCUGACUGCAGUCUCGGUGGUUCGGCACAUCGUGACACCAGAGUGGCUUGAGGAGGGCUUCAAGUGCCAGAAGUUUAUCGAUGAGCAGAGCUAUCUUCUCCGAGAUGCUGAGGCUGAGGUGCUCUUCUCCUUCAGCCUGGAGGAAUCGCUGAAGAGGGCGCGCAUGGCCCCCCUCUUCAAGGCCAAGUACUUCUACAUCACACCGGGCAUCUGCCCAAGUCUGUCCACCAUGAAGGCCAUCGUGGAGUGUGCGGGCGGCAAGGUCCUGCCCCGGCAGCCGUCCUUCCGCAAGCUGGUGGAGCACAAGCACAACAAGAGCCUAUCCGAGAUCAUCGUCAUCUCCUGCGAGAAUGACCUCCACCUGUGCCGAGAGUACUUUGCUCGAGGAAUAGAUGUGCACAAUGCUGAGUUCGUGCUCACAGGGGUGCUCACGCAGACACUGGACUAUGACUCAUAUAAAUUCCACUGACUGGAGGACCUGCGCGGGUGGCCCCGAGCCUGCGCAGCCUUGUUUUCCUGCACUGUCUCAGACAAUGAGCCUGGAAGCAGGAGAACAGAUCUAUUAAUUAAAUCGGCUGCAUCUGAAGAGGUGUGAUUUUUACCUGAGGAACAUAAAUUAUGUUUUGUAUGAUAGGACUGGACGAGCCCACGUUCAGUUUGAUUCAUUUUGCCGGGUUUUUCAAUGUUUUCAUGACACUGUUAAAGGAACUUCAGCUACAGAUAAAAUGUGUAAAUAAAAGCCUGAUAUCUCUAUAAAUUAUGGAUGUGAAAAUUUGGAACAUUUUGUACUUUAUUUUGAUUUCUUAAAAGUUUUUUUUAUAUUGUUAUCUUGCGCACAUUUGAAAUAAAUGUACUUUUUGCACUUAGAAUUGAAUAA